AUGAAAUCUCUUUUCCUCUUCACCGUGGCUGGCUUGAUUGCUAGCGGGCAGGCGCGCCAUGUGGAGCAGCAGCCCAACGGAACUUUUUCCCCCACGCGCGGAGUUGAUCUCUCCAAGUUCAAGAUGCCCCAACUCUCAAUCUACACUAAUGCCACUACCACGCGGGGCUCCGAGACCAUUCGGCAUAUCGAGAAGCGAGGGGAUCAGAGAGACUAUGUUGCAACCGCCAGGAGUCUUGUAGAAACAACCGUGCCAUCUGUCAAGUUCCGCCUGGUUGAGGAUCACUAUAUGGACUCCAAUGGGAUUGGCCACGUCAACUUCAAGCAGACGAUACACGGGCUUGAUGUCGAUAACGCCGACUUUAACAUCAAUAUCGAUAGGGACGGCAAUAUUCUCUGCUAUAGCAACAGUUUCUACACGGGCGAGGUCCCCAAGGAUUACCAGCUUAGCAAAAAUGCCAUCACUCACCCCGUCGAUGCGCUCGAGGGCGCCAGCAAGAUUCUAGGACUCGGCAUUCUCGUGCAUAGUCCCGAAGCCCAGGCCACGCAAGGAAGUGAGCACGUCAUUUUCAAGGGGACAAGCGGAUCCUUAAGCGAGCCCGAAGCCGACCUUGCGGAGAACUGGUUGCUCAUCUACAUUGACGCCAAUAACCCUCAGCAGAUCUAUGGGGUUGUCGACUACGUCUCUGAUCUUGCUAGCUUCGAAGUCUACCCGUGGGGGAUCAAGGACCCGGCCAACGGCCGCCGCGAGGUGCUCACUGAUCCCUGGGACAAUACUGUCUCCCCCUUUACCUGGAUCGCAGACGGGUACCAGUGGCUCCCGGACAGGCAUGAUAGAAACUUUCAUUAUCCCUUCUCAGCCAACAUGGAAGACUUUCGCCGCAACCGAGAUGCCGCAAUAGCUCAGGCCUUUUACACGGCGAACAAGUACCACGACUUACUCUAUGUGCUCGGCUUCAACGAGAAGGCGGGCAACUUCCAGCGCAAUAACAGCGACAAGGGUGGUCGGGGCAAUGACCCUAUCGAAAUCAUCGUGCAAAAUACCGACCUCAGGUCCAAUUCCUACUUCGCUACAAGGCCAGAUGGCCAGAAAAGUCUCAUGGUAUUGGGGAUGUAUUCAUAUGCCUACCCUCCCCGCGAUGGGGCAUUUUCUGCUGCUAUUAUAAUACACGAGUACACCCAUGGCUUGUCUCAUCGCCUGACUGGCGGUUCCUCCAAUGCUGGCUGUCUGAGCACCUUCCAGGCCGCAGGCAUGGGCGAGGGCUGGUCAGACUUUAUGGCCCUGGCCGUGCUUGCAAAAGGCAGCCACGACUACUCAACUACCGAGGCGUUCUGCGCUUGGGUUGGCAAUAACCCCAUCAGCGGCCUUCGCGACUACCCGUACUCGACCGAUUUUAGGAUCAAUCCCUUGACAUACGCGAGCAUCAUCACGUCACAACAUCCCCACCAAGUGGGCAACAUGUGGGGGAAUGUUCUAUACGAGAUGAUGCUGAGGCUCAUAGGGAGGUAUGGCAUUACUAACAAGCACGUUCCCGACUUGGACUCCAACGGCGUCCCCACUGAUGGACGGUAUCUUGCCAUGAAGCUCGUCAUGACCGCCAUGGCCCUCCAGGGCUGCAAUCCUCUGAUGCUUAGCGCCCGGGAUGCCAUCAUCGACGCCGAUAAGGCGCUCACUGGCGGAAGAAACAAGUGCGACCUGUGGAUUUCCUUCGCUAGGCGUGGCCUGGGCGUGGGUGCUCAGUUCCACCGAGUCCGUGAUCCACGCACAAACAGGAUCAUGGACAACGCGACUGAAAAUUUCAACAUUCCGCUUGAUGCAUGCGGACCCUUGUAG